GCUGAACUUUCUGAUCUUUUUUGUCAUGUAGUCCACUCGAAAGCCAACAGUACGCUUUCUUCUUUUCUAUGUAGGCUAAUAGCAAAUAGCCCCGACCUCGUAUUUGACAUAACCCCUCUAAAUGCGGUGCAGUGAACUCCAGACGAACUCCCGCCGUGAGGAAACGGGAAAUGAAGAAAACGUCAUUGCAAAAGAUUCUCGAAGAGCCAAACUGGAUAUCAGCCAGAGACAAAUACAUCCAACAGAAGGAAAACAUUCUGAAGAAGUAUGCCUGCUUAGAAAAAGAAGACCUGGAUGAGAUUUUGGAGAUAGUGUCAGAGGCUGCAGGCCAAGGUGUGACCAUCACUGGGGAUAAAUACCGCAACACAUGGGACUGGCCAAACGCUGUCAUAUUUGCUGCCACCAUUGUCACCACUAUAGGUUAUGGUAAUGUUGCUCCUAAGACCCAAGGCGGCCGUGUGUUCUGCAUUCUGUAUGGCCUGUGUGGGAUCCCACUAUGUCUGGUAUGGAUAAGUGAACUGGGUUCAUUUUUUGGAGACCGGGCCAAGCGUCUGUCCCAGGUUAUGAUUCGUAAAGGUGUUUCAGUGAAAAUGGUCCAGUUUACCUGCUCAGCCUUAUUCCUGUUAUGGGGCCUGGUGCUACACCUGGUGAUCCCUCCAAUUAUUUUAAUGUAUAUGGAAGGAUGGACCUACUUGGAAGGCCUCUACUUCUCUUUCAUCACACUCACAACUGUUGGUUUUGGAGAUUAUGUGGCAGGUGUAAAUCCAAACAUAGACUACCCCAGACUGUACAGAGUAUUUGCCGAGUUAUGGAUGUACAUGGGCCUGGCCUGGCUCUCUCUCUUCUUCAGCUGGAAUGUCCACAUGGUAGUUGAAGCUCACAAGGUGCUAAAGAAAAGAAGACACAGGCACAGGCACAUCUAUGAUGAGGAACCCCAGCCUGCGGUGGAAAAACCCGAGCCAGACAUAAAGCCAACUGUCAUUGACAUCUUCAACUUCCUGUCUGAGGAGGGGGAAGACUACAGCACAGUCAUCAAGUCAAUUGGAAUCAUGGCAAAGAAUAAAAAGGCUGCAGAAAACAUGAAUCGCUCAAAGAGCUGCAGUGACAUCUUGGCAAUCCAGACACUGGAGCACUCGCCACGGCACAGGCGCAUGAUCAGUAUCAGUGAAUUGUUCCUCAAUGCAAAUGUUGGUAAGGACAAAGGCGAUCAAGAGAUGGAAUGUCCUUUAAUAGAAGAAAGCAGUGACGACCCUGAGCGGACGGAUGAUGAUGGUAACAAAGACAGUUGUGCAGUUGAUUCAGUAAAUCCUGGUAUCUUCAAAGUACCUACCAGAAUUUCCACAGAACAGCGAAGUGUACAAAAGCCUGAUGGCAGGAGGACUAGGUUUACAGUAUCCAAGGUAGUAGAGGAAGAUGUGUUAAUUAAUAAAGAUGAAAAGGGGUAAAA